AAACAGCAAAUGGUGGAAUUUUUAGUAAAGAAAGAAGCAAAUGUACACGCGGUUGAUAAGAUGAAAAGAACCGCCCUCAUCCUUGCUGUCAGUUACGAGUCUAUGAGUGUCGUCAGCCUUCUCCUGCAGCGAGGUGCUGACGUCUUUUCUCAAGAUGUCUUUGGACGGACUGCAGAAGAAUAUGCUGCUCUGAGUGGUUUUAAUAUCAUUUGCCAACUGAUCUCUGAAUAUAAAGAAAAGAGGCCUAAAACUCCUCCCGAAAAGAGCAACCCAGUGGAUACGAGUUCUGAAGAAGACUCUUUAAGCAGGUUUUCCAACAAACCUGGUGCUGACUCAUGGCCUCCGUCAGAUGAUGAAGUCUUAGAUUUUGAGACCAAGCAUGUCCCGAAACCAAACUUAGCAAAGCUACUGAAGGCUUUUCAGCAAUCCAAGAGAAACGAAGCAGAAUGUGGUCCUGGAGUCCAGGGCUUCCCUCAUCCUGCCUUUCCAAGGCCUGAUCCUCUUCCAAAACCACUCAAGACUCUAGCAGGCCUUGGUCUUGCACAGCAGAGUAUCUCUGAGAGUGUUCCACAGACGUUUCUGGAUCAUUUACCUGGAGAUCAAAGAGGAAAAAAUACAUCAAAUGGACAAGCAGAAGGUGUGUCUUUCAUGCCUUCUUGCGUGAGUGGAUUGAGAAACUUUAAGAUGGCUGAACUAGGGGAGCCCAGACAUGCAGGCAUAGCAGUAGCCCACGCGGAGUCUCCUGAGAAAUAUCCUAAUGUGAAGCCCGCAGUCGGAGUGAAAGAUUCUGUUCCUAAUAAAACAGUAGGAACGAAAGAUCCACAAACAUCUAAUUCAGACUGGGAUUCGACUAGUUUGAGCCUCAGUAGUGAGACUUGUCAAAGAGCCGGGCAUUUGAAAGCUGAUGAUCGGCGUCCGUUGGUGUCCCAGUCAGUGACCAAAAAUCAGUCAGCACCCACAGAACUCGGACAGAAGACCGCAACAGAUAAAGAAAAGAUGAAAAAUGCAGCGAUGUUUCUGGUAGGGAAUUCCAUGCCCCAUCACCCAGGCCAGUCUCCGCUGCCAGAAAACAGAGAAAGCAAACAAGAUUUGUCAGGAGAACUAGAUGUGGAAGUGAUGUUAGAGGAAGAACAAGAAAAACUUCAUGGAAAUGAAAAUAACGAUUCACAGGUUGAAGAAGAAAAGAAGCACAAAAGUAGUGAAGUGGAAGUAUCAGACAACGUAUGCGAUGCUGCUGAUGAGAGUCGAUUGAGUCAGCAGAGAAAGAGUGGAGGAAAUAACAAGCAGGAGUUUCCUGCUAUGCAGAAUAAAGGUCCUGAUGGUAGUGAACCUGGCAUGCCCAGGAAGGAAAUAGAGAGAAAGAACAAUGACAAAUGGACACCAGAAGAAUGUGUGAUUGCACCAGUAUUUGAAAAGACCAAUUCACUGACUGAUGGUCUGCUGCACGUGAACGAUGACAGCAUUUUAAGGAAGGUGGAUCAAGAUGACAGCAGGCCUGCAAGGAAAACAGCAUAUGAAAAGAAGAAGGUUUCUGAUAGUGGUAGAAAAGCCAAAGGUCUGUUACGCAGAUACCACAUGCUGCAGGAUGAAAUAGCCAGCCUAAGACUGGAAAUAGAUGCAAUAAAAAAUCAGAAUUGGGAAAAUGAGAAGAAAUAUUCUGAGGAUAUUGAAAAUCUUCAACAGGCAAUGAAAUCGACAGAGGAAAUAUUCACACAGACUAUAUUCCAGUAUACUGGUCAGCUUACUGUUCUGGGAGCUGAGAAUACAAUGCUCAACUCUGAGCUGGAGAGCAAUAGACAAAGCAGACACAGACGGGAGACAAAAGUGGAAUCCUACCGUUCUGGACUGGCUGCUGCCAUUCACGAUCAUGAGCAAGGUCAGACAUCACAGAGAGACCUGGAACUUGCCUUCCAGAAAGCACACGAUGAGAGGUUAUGCUUGCAGGACCAAAUGAAGUGCCAUGUGACUAAGCUGAACAGUAACAGGGAGACGGCUUCCCAGCAACUUCCUAAAGUGGAAAGUAAAUUCAAUAAGCUAAAAAUGAAGCCGCAUCAGACGAGAGAUGAUCUCAGAGGAAAGACUUUGAAGUUAGAAUGUGUCCAGAGAGACCUACGCCAAGCAGAGUGUCAAAAGCAGGAAAUUGAACACAUGGAUCAGAAUGAACAAGGCAAAGUGAAUGAAAACCUUGGAAAGCAGGAAUCCUUAGAGGAGAGAUUAUCUCAACUCCAGAGUGAAAAUAUGUUGCUCCGACAGCACCUGGAUGAUGCACAAAACAAAGCUGACAGUAAAGAGAAGACAGUCAUUAGCAUCCAAGACCAUUUUCAGCAGAUGGUGAGAAAACUUCAUGCUGAAAGUGAGAAACAGCGUCUGAUGCUGGAGGAAAGAAACAAGGAGUUAAUCAACAAAUGCAAUCAUUUAGAAGAGAGAACGUGUCAGUAUGAAAAUGAGGAAGCAGAAGGAAAAGCAGAUAUGAGACAACUUCGGCAAGAACUGGCUGAUGGCCUCAAAAAGUGGUCUAUGUCGGAGGCUGCACGGGAAGGCAUGGCACGUAGCUGUGCCAACUUAGAAGAUGAGAUACAGGAUUUAAAGAGCAAGUUCCGUCAACUCCCAAGUCAGUUGCAAGAAGCACAGGAUCAACAUACAGAGGCCGUGAGAUGUGCUGAAAAGACACAGGAUCACAUCCAAAGACUUGAAAUUGAAAAUGCCAAGUUACAAACUACAAUCAAAAAGCAAGUGGGCAAAGUUGAACAACUUCAGAAAACCCUUUCAAAUACAAGAUUGACUGAUCAUCUUCCAGCAGAGCUGGGAGCUGCGUGUUCACAGUGUCUGCACCUGGAUGCAACAUAUCAAGUUCUUCAACGGGAGUUGUUAUCAAUGAAAGGAUGGCAAAGGAAGUGUGAGAAACUAGAGAAAGAGAACAAGAAGUUGGAGCAAGAAGUAGUGAAACUCAAAAGUCCUAUGGAACUGAAGAUGAUAGAACACCCUCAAGUCGAGCAGUAUAAACGGGAGAUUGAAGAAAGAGUGAGACGGGACUUCCUAGAGAAAUGGAAAGAAGUCAACCUAUUUUUGCAGACACGAGCAGCAUGUCAAGAAAUCUCAGAGCAGUUCCGAGAGGGGCGUAUUGCUUCCGUAAGAAGUCAGAUGGAACUCAGAAUUAAAGACUUGGAAUCUGAACUAUCCAGGAUGGAAACUUUUCAAGAUUAUAAGAAAGCAGAGAUGGGAAAGUAUAAGAAACUCUGCUUAGAGGAACUAAAAGUUAGAGAGUCAUUGGAAAAUGAACUAGACAUGUAAGUCAAAGCACAGAAUCACAGAAGAUAAAUUUAGUCCAUUAAUUUGUCUCUGAAGCCUAGUUUUUAUAGAGCCAGGUUCCUGAGAUUAGUAGGAAGUGAAGCUAGCUAGUCAGUCACUGCUAGAGGGCAUCCUAAGAAAAAUGAGUAAUAAGAUAUCCUUGUAAGUUUUCCUACACUAAGCAAAAGCAUGCUUGUGAAAUCAGGGAAGAUUCACACAGGGGUGAAAGGCAGGGUAAUUCACAGAGUGGCUGACGCUGGCAUGGUGACCUGAGUGAGGGUUUGUAUGGAGGCUGGAAAGGGCAGAUCCCACCUGCAGCCGAGUCCAGGCUUCCCCGCCUCUGAAAGCAGAGCACUCCUAGGACACCUUUCACAAGCCCAGAGAGCACAGCAAAGGAGCAGGGACCCGAGGACGCAUUCCGCUAGUCGAUGCCCAAAAUAAGCAUACACAAGGGAAGCCCAGGUGCUCCCAGAGAGGGUUCAGGGCUGUGGGACUUGAUGCUGGGGUGUGGGGUGUGGCUUCCGGGGAAGGAGGUCGCUGGGACCGGCCUCCCUGCUUGGGGAGCGCGAUGCCUCUCAUUGUAAAAACAUACACUGAACGCUGUUUUGACUUUUUGCCUUUUGAAAUGAAACCAAAAAUUCUCUUCAGAUUUUUUCCUUUGUUUUGAUUAUGAGAUACAGGUGCUGAUGUAGGCCCUUCGUAGAAAUGAAGUAACAUAAAAUGAACUUUGGAAAAGCAGAGCAUACUUGUCAUUGUUCCUGGGGCUGUUUUAGCCCUUUUGUCACCCAUUGCCCUCAAGGUUGUGGCUCUAGGUGAUUCCUCAGAGCCAAGUGCUUAAUUUCUCCACGGUCAUGAGUGGAAGGUAUAUAUAAGAAUGGUGAAAGGAAACGCUUGAAAAUGGAUUUGUGGGAUGGCGUGUUUCUUCAUCCCUGUUUCCUGGGGGCAGGCGUGUCCCAGAGGCGGCAGGCGUCACUGUGAGCCCAGCUCCCUUUCUCUCUGACGCCCUUUCUCUCCUCCCCCAGCUGUGACUUGUUACCUGAGGAGCCCAGACACACGUGAGCUUCUUUAGAACAAGGUCAGAGCUGUCACUGUUUACAGCAGGUCUGCUCUCUGCUUCCAGUGCUCACACGGUGUGACGGGAAUUCCAUUUACUGUGCAGCAGCUUACAAAGUGCAAAUCCUUUAGGGAAUCGUGAACAAAACUGGUGUUUUCCAUCUUCCCCAGGACUAAUUGGAGGCUGGCAGAGAUGAGCACCGAACUUGAGGUGGAGAAACAGCAGAACAGGUCUUUACUGAGCACUCUCACCCCGAGGCCAGUCCUGGAGCCGCCCUUGCAUU